CACGCGCGUACACUAGAGCACGGUGCGGUGCGAGCACGCUCUAAACGCACACUCACACCGUACCUUAGGCCAGCAGCAGCAGCAGCAGCAGCACCAGUGGCAGUAGCAGCUUGCGCCGAUCCCAACACCGGGAGAGCCCGUUUGUUGAACAACAACUGUGCGAUUCGCAGCACGCACCACCUCUGCACGGAGCGAAGCCGUCGUCAUCGUCGUUGCCGUUUUACCCGCGCCGCCAAUCAUCGUCGUCAUCAUCGUCGUCAGCCGGGACGGCGCGAGUUCAGCUUCAUUUCGAUGUAACUUUCCGACUUUCAUGGACGUGCGUGUCGUCGUCGUUCCGGUACCGGUGUGCUUUGCGGGAAGCUGCAGUGUUUAGUGUCUAAAAUUGGUGGUGUGCAGCGCGUUUCUACUGUUUUUUUUACUUUCGUUCAGUUUAGUUCCCAAAACAUUUGGCCAUAUUUUGGCCCUCGCUCGGAAAAAAAGGCAGAGCAGUUUUUAUUUUUCGCCCUCUGUUUUGGGUAGCAGUUUUUCGUCGUUUUUCGUCGUUUUUUUGGGUUUCGUUUUGAUUUUGAUUUUCCCCCGCGUGUGCUAUGUGAGUGGUCGUGAACGGUGUAAAGAGUGUUUUUUUUUUGUUGCUUUCGCCCAUCGAAGCAUACCUUUUGCUGCAUUUAAGGGCCAUUUCUGUCAAUCGAUCGAAGCACACGACGUUUGAUGAAGAGACGCAACGCCGAACAUCAUCGACACACCCGCGCUGGCAAAUAGCCGAAAAAAGAAACAUUCGUUUUGAAGAAAACGAAGAAAAAGAAAAACGUCCUCCUCCUCACUACACUCCGCCGGAAAGUAGUGAGACGUACGUUGUGUGUGAAUUUGUGUGUGUGUGUACGUAUGUGACAAGUUAGUGACAAGAGGUAAAAAACCCCGUUGUGCCGCGGAAAGAAAGUUUGAUGCGCCGAAGACAAAUCACGUAGCAAAGGUGCAACAACAACACUAAAAAAAACCAAUUCAUAGCGGAAUAUCAUCCCUCGAAGGGGGUGGAAGUAAGAAAACAAAAGGCCGGAAAAAUUGACAUUUUUGUUUUUGGAAACGUUCCUUGACAAGCGCGCGCGUGCGAGACGUUAACCGUUUGCACAAAACAUUCAGACAAAUUGCAGGGAAGGAAAUUGUAGUGAGUUUUGUGCGAUUUUCCUCAUUUUGUAUGUGUUUAUGUGUGUGUGUGUGUGCGUGUAGUGUGAAGUAGUGCUUUGCGCUUGGUGGUGAAAAGGUGCGUGCGGUGAAAACAAACCCCGGUGGGAGCGGUAGCGGUUUUUUUUUUGGCGACACCACGGAUCCACGCAACGGCUCCAAGAUUCUCUCGCUACAGCAUCCCUACCACCACCAUCAUCCGAACGCGGGCAGCACGCUGGAGGGCAGAACGAUCGAGUACCGGCCCGGUGGCGGGCUGGACUACCACAACUCGCCCCUGAUGGCGGAGAUACCGACCGGGGACUACAGCCACAUCCACCGGUCGAUCGAUCAGCUCCGCUCGAUGAACGAGCGGGGCGUGCUGGGGCAGCUGAACGCGCUGCAGCACGCGGCCGCCGCCGUCGGCAACGGGACCGACCUGCGGUCCGCGCUCGUCCACGACUACAAACCGUACAUUAGCGAUCUGCGCGCGAACGCCGCCAACGAUCGGCUGAUCGACUAUGCCGUCGUCCAGAAGCACCAUCACCACCAUCAGCAGCAGCAGCAGCAGCAGCAGCAGCAACAGCAGCAACAUCAGCAGCAACAUCAGCAGCAGCAGCAGCAGCAGCAGCAUCCUCACCAGCAGCAGCAACAGCACCAUCAGCACGCUCCGCCACAUCUGCUGGACGAUCGAACGGGCAACAACAACAACAACAACAACCAUGAAACCGAUCUGCGCAUGGUGGAGGACCACAAGCCUCCGCACUACAGUGCCCCGUCCACGCCGCCCACACCGCUAGCGAUCGUCGAGACGCAGAUGGCAGAGCCGGUGAAGAGAUACGGAAAAGGUCGUAAAAAGAUCUUCUCCGCGAAGGCGAACCUGGAGCUGCACGGCGGCACGCUGCAGAUGCGCGAAACCAAACCGUACAAAUGCACCCAGUGCACGAAAUCGUUCGCCAACUCGAGCUACCUGUCGCAGCACACGCGGAUACAUCUCGGCAUCAAGCCGUACCGGUGCGAGAUCUGCCAGCGCAAGUUCACCCAGCUAUCGCAUCUGCAGCAGCACAUCCGGACGCACACCGGCGACAAGCCGUACAAGUGUCGCCAUCCGGGCUGCCCGAAAGCGUUCUCCCAGCUGUCCAACCUGCAGUCCCACUCGCGGUGCCAUCAGACGGACAAACCGUUCAAGUGCAACUCGUGCUACAAGUGCUUCACCGACGAGGCGUCCCUGCUCGAGCACAUCCCCAAGCACAAGGACUCGAAGCAUCUGAAGACGCACAUCUGCCAGCUGUGCGGCAAAUCGUACACGCAGGAAACGUACCUGGCGAAGCACAUGCAGAAGCACGCGGAAAAGGAGGAAAAGCGCCGCAACAGGGCCGCCGGUGGCGGCGGCGGUGGUGGCGGUGGAGGCAGUGGCGGUAGCGGUGGGGGUGCCGGCGCAGCGGCAGCGAGUGGCGCCAACGCUUCGGCCGGUUCCGGAGCGGCAAACGGUGGCAGCAAUAACGCUAGCAGUAACGCUAACAACAGUAACGCUAACAACAACAGUGGCGCCGGCAGCCCCAAUGGGGGUGGCGCAGGUGGUGGUGCUGCGACGGCGGCCAAUGCGGCGGCAGUGGCGGCGGCAGCAGUGGCCGAUGCGGCUGCCGUCGGGCUGGCCGGGCUGGCCGGGCUCGGCCUGAAUCGGAUGGGCGGCAUGGUGGUCGGUAAUGCGGCGGCCGCAGCGGCAGCCGUCGGGCUGGAGCAUCCCUACUGGCCGAAGGUGAGUCCGGAUUCGGCCGCCAGCCUAGCGGAAGCAAUGCAACAGCAGCAGCAGCAGCAACAGCAGCAACAGCAACAGCAGCAACAGCAGCAGCAGCAACAACAACAGUACGAUUUCAGCAGCAACGGGGGCAGCGGAGCGGGCGGUAACGCCGCCAACGAUCCGCAGCAUCAUCGUAACUUGAACGGGAGCAGCAGCUCCGCCAACUCGGCGGACGAGGUCGGCGAAGAUCUGGUCGUCAUCCGGCACAACAACUCCCAGCAGCAGCAGCAGCAGCAGCACGUUAACAACCAAUCGAACUCCUCAUCCGCCGCCUCGAACACGUCCGCCUUUACGCCGAUCAACGUGAUGCCGCCGCACCUGAACAGUCUGGCGGCGGCCCACCAGCACCACCAGCAGCAGCUGGUUGCGGCGGCCCAACAGCGGGCGGCGGCGGCGCCACCCUCGUACCUGUACGACGCGAUCAGCUUCCAGAACCAGAAGGCGAUCAACCAGAACGCGGCAGCGGUGGCGGCGGCCGCCGCCAACGGCUUCCCGAACCAGCUCAUCUCCCUGCACCAGAUCCGCAACUACGCGCACCAGCCGGGCGGUGGUGGCGGUGGUGGUGGAGGUGGCCUGCUGUCCGGCGAACAUUUGCUGAUGGGUGGCGGCGUCGGGAAGGUGGAGAAAUAGUAGCUCGCGGCUCGGACGCA